GAAAUGAUGAUUGUCUUCAUUUACGACACAACAAGGUGUCGUAAAGAAGAGGACGAUCCAGCCGAAGCCGUGAUGUACUUCCACCCAGCUUGGGUCUCUCCAGCCCAACGUCUUGCUCUGGCAGGUCAACUAAUGGGAGCUUACCAAUUUUUAUCAACAUGUUUUUCAUCUCCAAAUUUAAUAACUCUCCAAGGAGGAAAGUUUGUUUUAAAAAAAUUCAGCCACUAUAUUUUAGCAGUUGGUACCGACCGCAAUAUUCAAGAUUGGAUUCUCGAACGACGUGCUAAUUGUCUCGAGUCAAUAUUGAAGUUUUUUCACUGCAACCUUGACACAAUUUCACAAUCAUUUAAUAAUGAACGCAAUAAAUUCACCGAAAAACUUUAUCAAAUGUUUGAGACUUAUCUUCCAAUAUUGCAGUACAGCGCUAAUUUGUUCUCCAAUAUACCGAUGAUUAAAUUGCCCAGCACUGCAAGCAACGUCUUCCUAGAAUCGAUGCAAAUAUUGCAAUACUGCCAAGAAAUGAGUGGAAUUCUCGGCGGAGCAAUGUUUUAUAACAACAAAGUAGUGGCUACUCAAUUAAGCGCUGAGCUAACUAAGCAAUUAGUGAUAACAGAUCCUUAUCGGAUAAAAGCCCCAGCUGAUCGAAUACCAACUGACUUUCAUCUUCCAGUUGGUGUUCAAUUAUUAAGAGUUUACAUCCAAAGAAAGCCAGUUGAAUUUUCUGAUGAUAAUUUUAAAUUCUCCACUUCUGGGUCAGAUGUGGUGAAGAAAUAUAAAAAGUCUUCCUUGCCGUCCGGCAUGAAGAGAGAUACGUCCCGUAUUUUUACAGUUCCUGAAGAAGGAGAGCCCGAACAUUCCGAGUCACUUAAAGAAUUUUCACAACCUAAGCGCCCACCCACAAUUCCACUGGCUAAUUUUGAAAGAAAAGAAUUUAAACCGAGGUAUCCUAAUCCUUUAACACCAAGUGUUUGCUCCACUCCUCUGAAAGACGUCAAUAGAAUUCUCCACGGCAAUGCUGUGUCUAUUUGCAAGGGGACUGAUGAGGAAAAAAUAAUUGAGAAGCCAAAAGAAGUUGCAGUGCAAAAAGACAACGAUGAUAUUCCUGAUGUUGUUAAAGAAGCGCUGCGAUGCAAGCGGUUUAACAAACUUCGGAGCGCUGCUCGAGAAAAAUUUGAGAAAAAAAAUCGCCAGCCGUGGCAUCGACGGAGUUCUAGCUUAACAGACUUGGAAAAUACUCGAGAUGCUACCGAAAAAUUUGUUAUGAGUAUUAUGUGCAACAUAAGUCAUUCUAAGUCAUCAUUAAAUUCUUCAGAGUUUGAUUGCAAGGCUCAUUAUUUAAAUAAAAGGUUGUUUAAUACUAUCACAGAUCCUUCGUAUCCAGUUUUUAGGUACGACGGACGUCCUGUGUCCCAAUCUUUGUACACUCACUAUAUUUCAUCGCAUUAUCAAGAACUAGUUAAAGAACAGAGUGCGGAUUUUUUUAGACGUAAAUCACUGAAUAGAAUGAUUGAUUGCGAUAAAAAAAAUCCAAGUGAAAAUCAUAUUGAUGGUUUUGAUUCUGUGAUUCCGGAGCUACCUGAACUGCGAUCUAACCCUCUAGAUGUAAGAUUGAAUAAUAAAAGUCGCCAGGAGAGCUAUCGCAGGUCAAUGAGUUUGCCUCUAAAGAGUCUCAAUGCACCGGCAGACAGCGAUGAUCGUAAAAAAGCAUCCUCAGAGUCGGGAAUGUCGUUUGAUUUACCGAGACGUAAGCUUGAAGGACUUCAAUUGACUCCUUUGAUGUCUAAGCUUAGUUUACUAGCGACUGAUGACCGGACAAGUGGGUUUUGUAGUAAAGAGACAACUCCCAGUGAAUUCUGUGAUUUAUCUACUUUCUCUAGUAAAAUUACUAGAAAUAAAUCGGAAUAUAUUAAGGCGGGUCAUGAUGAAGAUGAAGAAGAUUUUUGGCUUAGUGAUAAAGAAGCUAAGGAAGGGAAUUGCGAACACAAGGAGCUUUACAGUGUGCUCAGUGUUGAUCCACAGUGGGAUACACUUGAUCGUUCUGGUCUCUGGGGUGUUACAGAGCUAGACAUUGUUUCUUCUUUAUACAAUCGUUUCACAGAGUCCAGCAAUCUCACUGAUAUUAUUGUAAGGACUGACGACACCGUUGUCUAUGGAAGCCAGUGCGGUAAGACUCAAGUUUUUUAUCAGCAAGCCGUAGCGUCCAGUACUUCAGGUGGAUUACCAACACCUGCUGAUCUCAUGGGAGUCGUUCCUUUGAAAGCAAAACGUCGCCUCGAGCGUGAUCAUGGAAUAAUUAUUUUAUAA